AUGGAAGCUAUGAAGUCUAAGGCCAACUGUGCUCAGAACCCAAGUUGUACCAUAAUGAUAUUUCAUCCAACCAAAGAAGAGUUUAAUGAUUUUGAUAAAUAUAUUGCUUACAUGGAAUCCCAAGGCGCACACAGAGCAGGCCUCGCCAAGGUGAUUCCACCCAAGGAAUGGAAAGCCAGACAGACCUACGAUGAUAUCAGUGACAUCUUAAUAGCCACUCCCCUCCAGCAGGUGGUCUCCGGGCAGGCAGGUGUGUUUACUCAAUACCAUAAAAAGAAGAAAGCCAUGACAGUGGGGGAGUAUUGCCAUUUGGCAAACAGCAGAAAGUAUCGGACUCCACCACACUCGGAUUUUGAGGACUUGGAGCGAAAAUACUGGAAAACCCGUCUCUACGAUUCUCCGAUCUAUGGCGCUGACAUCAGCGGCUCCUUGUUUGACGAAAACACGGAAGAGUGGAACCUUGGACACCUGGGAACCAUUCAGGACCUGCUGGAGCAGGAGUGCGGCGUGGUCAUCGAGGGCGUCAACACCCCCUACCUGUACUUUGGCAUGUGGAAGACCACCUUCGCCUGGCACACGGAGGACAUGGACCUUUACAGCAUCAACUACCUGCACUUCGGGGAGCCCAAAACUUGGUACGCGGUGCCCCCAGAGCACGGCCAGCGCCUGGAACGCCUGGCCACGGAGCUCUUCCCGGGCAGCGCCCGCGCCUGCGAGGCCUUCCUGCGGCACAAGGUGGCUCUCAUCUCGCCCACCGUCCUCAGGGACAACGGGAUCCCCUUCAGUCGGAUCACGCAGGAGGCUGGCGAGUUCAUGGUGACGUUUCCCUAUGGCUACCACUCUGGCUUCAACCAUGGCUUCAACUGCGCAGAAGCCAUCAACUUCGCCACCCCGCGCUGGAUCGAUUAUGGCAAGGUGGCCUCCCAGUGCAGCUGCGGGGAGGCCCGGGUCACCUUUUCCAUGGACGCCUUCGUGCGCAUCCUGCAGCCCGAGCGCUAUGAGCUGUGGAAGCGCGGGCAGGACCGGGCUGCCGUGGACCACACGGAGCCCGCGGCGCUGGGCAGUCGGGAGCUGCGCGCCUGGAGGGAGGUGCGCGCGCCCGGGAGAGCCGCGCUGGGCCUGAGGCACCUCCCCCCGCGCCGGGCCCCGCGCGCCCCGAGACCUGUGGCCGCCGGCCGGGGCACCCGCCGCCGCACCGCCCUGCGCCCGGCCUCCGCGCACCCCUUGCCCGCGCAGAGCUCUUCCUCUGAUGCCCAGUCCGGGGCUGUCCCCGCCCGCACCUCCCGGGAGUCUGGCCCCACCCGGCCACCGCCCCCCAACCCCUCUGCCCCAGAUCUCCAGCCCCCCACCGGCAGGCGUGGUCCUGGUCGUCGUCCUCGGGAACAGGGUGCUCAGGGGCCUAGCCUCCAGGCCCGGGCCAAGAGGCGCCUGUCGGUGGGAACAGGGCACGCAGCUCAGCACUGCAAGGCUCAGCCCCUUCCUGUGGAUGGAGGCUGGAUGGACAAGCCCGCACCACCAAGCCCUGGGCUCCGGCGAGGGGCUGAGGCUUCCGGGUCGGGCUGUGCCCUUGUCCCCUAA